AUAUCUGCAUUCUUCCUCUGUAGUGUGUUGCUGAAGUGUGCCUCACAGCGGACAUCUAGUUUGACACUUUCACUUAAACCUACUAGAAAUGUGAAGCUGGACUGUUUCAACAGUGGGUUUAAUAACUUUAAGCCUUUUUCUUGGCACUGGGUAUUCUGCAGUUGUAAACAUUUUGAUUACUGCAUAGUUUAUUGAUGCAUCCUAUAAGCACAAACCCCUCCUUGCAUUUGAAUGAGUGUUAAUUUACUGACAAAACUCAAGUCCCCACUCUUGCGUUCAGCAGUAAAGUAACUGCUCAAAGCAAAGUGUAGGAGCAUCAGUUGGUUUAUCAAAUCCUGAGAAACUGGCCAUGAACUCUUGGGUUAAAUACCUGACUAGUAUGGUAUCAAAUGCAUUGGGAAAUUGUUGGUGCAGUGACGUUUUAGCAUGUCCACUGUUGAGCAGUUUGACAGGUUUCCCAUAGCCUGAAGACAUUCAAAUGUUACCAACUUCAACAGAAACAAUUCUCUCAGCGUGUGUACUUGGGAAUCAACUAGUUUGACAAGACAGGUCUGAAAACACCUGAUGGCAGCAAGGUGUAAAUUUACUGAGUAUAUUGAAUCACUUUCAACAAUGAUGCAACAACACCAAGACAUUGCAGAAGGGUUUUUACUCAUUGACCACACAUUAAAUCUAUUUUCCCACUGAACAUUUUUAAUUCUGAUAACUUCAAUUGUUGCAUGAAGAAUACUGGUUCAUAUUUGCGUAAAUACAGGCUCUUUGGCUUCUGGAUAGGGUCAUUUUGUCCUAUUGUCCGUUUUGCUUAAAGCGGAGAAGAAUUUCUAAUGAAUUGAGACUGAGAUGGACCCUGUGAGUUCUCCUGUCUGAGAGUAGAGCCGGAUAUGUGAAGCGGCUGUGGUCGUGGUGGGUGUUUAUACCUGAAAUCUGACCUGUGCUGUCAUCCUUUUUUCAGUGUCCCUAAAUAUGCACCAGCUGAGCUCUGCUGAGAGUAAACUGGACUCAAAGUUUUGGUAGGGAAGGAAUAUAUAAGGAAUAUCUGUUGGGACUUUUUUUUUUUUAAUGUGUGUGAGACACUGAAUUUCUUUCGUAGAUAUUUGUUAUAGUCCCUGUCCUCCCUCCCGUUUCCUGCCUCGCUCUCUCUCUCUCUUUCUGUUAUGUUAAGUAGCAGGCCUGCUUUCUGUCCACCACUCUUCCCUCCUUGGGUUUCAAUUCCAAACAUGGUUAUCCUUCUAGGGCUCUAUCAACGCCCACCCUCCCUUAUCCCUUCUCUUCCAGCUGUUGGCUUCACAGUGCAGGCCAGUGGGUGAGAGAAAUAGACAGAAAAGCUUCAGCAAGAGAGACGACAGGAGGGAAAAACAGAGGAGAGAGAGGGGAAUGGACGCAUAAUGAGAGAAGAAGAAACCCAUUCCAGCUGUGUUUCUAUAAUAAAUAGAGCCGUGAGAACUUCUUCACGUUGAAGAAUUUUCCACUGCACGCCAAGGGAACAAACAUUUACUUGUGACAUUCUUCUGUCAGUGUUGGCUGUUUAUUUUUGAUCAAACAAAACAUCUAGUCGUACAUGUUGCUGGGACAUAAAUAGCACCAAAGUUCAUUGGAUAAGAAGUGUUUUUUCUUUGUUUUGUGCAUCAGAAGCCUCUUCUCAGCUUGUUAUUUGAAGACAAACAUGAGCACAGACAACACGACUCUGCUGGACAGCUUGUUUUUUCCUCCUCUCUGCGAUGGCUGGACUAACAACACAGAGGGAGCCAUCUACCAUUUGGGCAACACCAUGCUAUUCCUGGGCUACAUGGGAGGCAGCGGGGCCUACGGGUGCCUCUUCAUCUUCGGCUUCCUGACUCCUGCCUUCCUGUGCAUGACCCUGUGGGGCUGGAUGACCAUGUGCGGCCUGGAUGUCUUCACCUGGAACCUGCUUCUGCUGCUGGCCUGCUUUUUUCAGAUCUGCCACCUGCUUUUCCGGCUGCACCAGGAGGGCAUACGCAGCGAGGAGCUGACUGCCCUCUACCAGGCGGUCUACCUGCCGCUGGGCGUGUCCGUCCAGGUGUUCAAGGAGGUCGCAAGCGCCUUUGAAAACAAGGUGGUGGAGCUGAAGGCUGGAGAGACGUACGCUGUGGAGGGCAAGACGCCCAUUAACCAGCUCUCCUUUCUGCUGUCUGGGAGGAUCAACGUAUCUUUGGAAGGUCAGUUCCUGCAUUACAUCCACCGCCACCAGUUCCUCGACUCUCCAGAGUGGGAGUCUCUGAGACCAAACGAGGAGGGCAAGUUUCAGGUGACCAUGACAGCAGAGGAAGACUCCCGCUACAUCUCAUGGCGUCGCCGUCGCCUCUAUUUGUUGAUAUCAAAGGAGCGAUACAUCGCUCGCAUCUUUUCUGUCAUGUUGGGCUACGACAUCGCUGAGAAGCUCUACAACCUCAACAACAAGCUCUACAUCAAGAGUGGUGUGCUGCUAGACAUCCGCCUGCCCAGCCUCUAUCACGUGCUGGCCCCGUCCUCGCAGGGCAGCGAGGGCGGCAGUGGCAGCGGUAGUGAUGGCGGCAUCGGCAAGGAGCAAGUUGAAGACCCAGCACCGGCCUAUCAGAUGCCAGAUCCAGACCAAUUUCAACCCCACCUGCAGGGAUCAAGGAACCCCAGCAUGGAUGAACCCCGGGUCCCCCAGCAUAGCCACUAUGAGCUCCCCUGGGCAUCAGACUCCGAGCUGCCCACUGGUGAGGACUCCACCAGCCUGGUCCUGGAGGACUUUGGUGAUGUGGCAGGCUCAUUAAUGGAUUAUGGCAGUGAAAGGGAUUAUUUGAGGUAGAGGGGCAGGGUGCUGGAGCUAACACACUGGGUCACCACUUAAGCUACAUGUAAGUACUGCACCUGGGCGGACAGCUUGGGUCAUGUGGGUGUGUGUGUGCAUGGGUGGGUUGCAAUGCACCAUUCUUACUAACCCGACUGCUGCAUGAAUGCGCCCUAAAACCCAGAAAUGAGUCAGCAUUUUGGAACAUUCGGUUCCCUUGUCUAAUAAUCAGUGCCGGUUCUACACAGGGGCCUACCGGGGCCACUGCCCCUGUGAAGAAGCCCUUGGCCCCUGCUGUGGUCCCUGUGUCAAAUUAAUAAUAAAAUGAUCAAUUUAUAACGAUGAACGACAAAGCAAUUCUUACCUAUUUUUUGUUCAAACAAUAUCUCAUUGUACACAAAAGGAACACAUAAUGUGUACAUUGUAUAAUAGUUUAAUUGUGCAAUAAAAGCUAAAUAUAAAGAUCAUUCUCACUGCACUGCAUUUUCAAAAUAAAAAAUAAAAAAUUGUGCACAAAAAUUAGAAAUGUCAUUGCCAUACAAAAAUAACUGUUAAUGUUGGUAAGUCUCAUUGCUUCAAUCAAUGAAGUUCUUUCAAAUAUGAGACUUUUAGCUAAAAUAAAGGUUUUGAAUGCUUAAAUAUCAUUUUUGACGAUUUUUAAUGUGCCCCUCUGAUUAAACACUGGCCCCUCCUUUGCCCCCACAAUAAAAUUGGUCUAGAACCGCCACUGCUAAUAAUAAAUGUAUUAGGAUUAAUAUUACUGCUAUUUUAAUGUGUAUGUUGCAGUUUUGUGCUGUUUAAGGUUGUUCUCAUUUUAACUCGAAUCAGACAUCUCUAAUGAAAAAAAAAAAUCUGAAAAACAGCACUGUUUUUAGUUCUUGGAAAAUGCUAUUUCCAGCUAAUCCAUGAGGGGUUUGUAAGAGUUUAUUUAUCUUAUGAAGUAGGAGAAUUGUUGUAUAAUUGUAUAGUUGUAAUUGUAGGAGCAGCAGUGAGGACAGCCGGGCAGCUGCUGUGUUCUUAUCUGAUGAGGAUUACAGAUCAGAAAUUUAGCGGAUGUCCAAAAAAUGAAAGAAUAUUUAAUAAAUGCAGAAACAUGGUAUUAAUCCAAUCCACCCUUUGGCUGUCUGUCUGCUUAUCUGCUCACUCCUGACCUCCCUCCUCACCCCAUCCUGCCAUCCCAAAAGCAGCCCCCGCCCAAUCACAGGUGGAGGAUCACAUUUCAUAGCUGCAUGGUCGGGUCAGAGUCGGGUUUGGGUUGCAGUGUGGCUCUGAAGCAGUCGGUCAAAUUUAUCACAGUAGUAACAGCUUCACUGUACGAGGUAUGUAGAGAUGUAGGAGGUUAAUAAUCUGCCAACCAAAGAUCUGCUCAAAAUAGCAACCCAUUUUAAUUAUCUGCAAAACAUGAUUACAGGAGUUUUCUUAACGACAAUCCUGAAAAAAUGAAAAUCUAUAAAGCAGAUGCCUGGUUUUCCACACUGAUGAUCAACUGAUCUUAUGUGAACAUGCAGGAUUCUGGCUCUUUGCAAGCAUGCAGAGCAGAGUGAUGACUGGGGUAGAAUGAGGACAAUGAUAAACACCCAUGUUGUUAAUUCAGGCAUAGAAGAAUUAUCAACACAGAGUGCUGUUUAUUCAUUGUGUGCCAAAAAAACAACCAGUUUGGAGUUUAGCACAUGAUUGAAUGUGGUUUUUCAGCAGUCUGCCUCAUAGGUGUGGGUUAGAAUUCCAGAAUAAGUUGGGA